UGCAGCGCGGUUCCCGUCGUUGGGCAGGUCGAACAGCGGUCGUAGCAAGCUCCUUGGACGUACUACCGUUGUCGAAAUCUCAAACGCGUCGACUGUCCUUGGCCCCGAGAGGUAAAACGAGUCUCCACAGCGUUCACAUUUGCCAUUCCUUGUGAGCUGAGAGGUACGACGGAACGAUAACCAUGGCACUCGUGACGGGUGCCGAGCUGCGGCGUCUGCUGAAUCCGUACUACCUGGUAAACCUGCUUCUGGCGGCAUGUUUCCCCGUGCUUCGGUUGGUGCGGCCGUUCUGCGAUGUGCUUUUCCCGGGCGGCGAUUGCCAGCUGGACUUUCGCGAGACCGAGAUCCUCACCUUCGUGGCCGUGGUGGUGCUCUUCCGAACGCGCAAGACGGGCGUGGUGCGCCUGCUACCUUAUCUGAGUACGGCGUGUAUGUAUGCCAAGGUGGCCGGCCUGCUCCUCUUCUUCUACUGGGACCCGCGGCUGGGCCUGGUGUACGGCGCACUGUGCCUGCUGCAGUUGCUGGUGCUACCCGAGCCGCCGGCGUACGGCGGUCCGGACCCCGUUCUGUACAUGGACGCUGAGAGCUUCAGCGAGCAAGUGCAGCGUGGCGACCGGCGCGUCACCUGGCUCGUCGCCUUCUACGCCCUGUGGAGCCCCGCCUGCGUCCAGAUGGCACCGGCCUUCGCCCAGCUGGCGGCGCGCUAUGCGCUCGACAACCUGCGCUUCGCCAAGCUGGACGUGACCCGCUUCCCCGACCUGGCGCACGAGCACCACAUCAGCACGGCCGCGCUGAGCCGCCAGCUGCCCACGGUGCUGCUCUUCAGGGGCGGUCGCGUGGUGGCGCGUCGGCCGGACGCCCAAGGCGGCAAGCUGGUGCCGUUCGCCUUCACCGAGGAGAAUAUGGCGGCCGCCUUCGACCUCAAUAACCUGCACCAGGAGUGCCGCCAGAACCCGAUCCGCAAGAAGCCGGCCGGGAAGCAGAGCUGAGCUCGCACUGUUCAACACCGAGUGGACUGCUUUGUGAAAUCAGCCACGAGACUUGCAAUUUGCCAAGUGCAAGACUGGUCAACCACUGUCUGUUCAUGAUGUUUGCAGAUUGCAGGGACACUGACUAUCAGGGCAGCAUAGAACAUCCACAGUCGUAUUAAGGUAACUUGUGUACCAUGCAUGCCAUAGAACGGAACGUGGUCUGCAACAUGCUAGUCAGUAGGCAGCAAGUUGGAAACAUAGCACAGGUUUCGGAUGCUAAAUGUGAGACGAAGGAAGCUGCUGCUUCCCGUAUGGUUUGCAGCGUCAUUUUGCACAUACAAGAUCGCAUUUGUAUUUGCUGUUUAAGGUGAGCUUGCUCUGGUCGCUCGACAAGGUACUACAAAUCGCUGGAUCAUCAACUACACCAAGGUCCAGAUUUGGAGAGAACAACUAUCAUUAGUAUUAUAACACUGAUUCCUGCUGUAAUUAAACAUAGAGGGCUGCAGGGUAUUUCAUUGUUAAUUUCCAAUAUUGGCCACCUUAGUUCAGGGAACCAGGGGAUGUACAGCAAAAUUUUGCUUGGAUUGCAUGUUUGCAAAAGCAUUAUUCUGCUCUGUAUAUCGGUGAAUACUUCUCUGUACAAAAAUGAAUUUGUUAUUGUUGCAUUUUUGUGCAUUACAUACAAGUAGAAGACGUCAAAAAGAGCUGGCAAACAGUUUAACAACUGAAAGGCUGUGGUCAUUUUGAUUGUUCUUGCAUAUGAAAAAUUACUUGCAAUCUGAUUUCUUCGAACAGUCUGGAGAACCAGGGGGUUUCAUGUAACCAAGUUUAUUGCUUCUGUAAAGGGGGUUUAUUUGGGUCGUAGAGCGGCAACGAGAAACGCAGCACCAGCAGGUAGGGCGUAGCCAGAGAGCGAACUGGGUACGAGCCACCCGAUGGCAACGGGGCUGUUCAGCAUGCCGAUCUUCUUCCUCACAAUCACCCCCCGGUAUGGAAGAGUAGCCGUCCUGGCGACCUAGGGAGAGUGCAGUGGAUCGUAGUACGGCUUGAGCCGGUCAAUGUGUAUAGUCUCUCACCCGCGACGACUGAGAUCGGAAGAUGGCAACACGGGUUCAACCACGUAAUUAACUGGUGAUGUUUGCGCAACCACGCGGUAGGGCCCGUGGUACUUGGGAAGGAGCUUUGACGAACGACCAGGAGCAGCAAUAGGCGGGACCCAAAGCCACACGAGGGAGUCGAUGGCGAAAGGGUGAGGAGGUGGUUUGAGGUCAUGACGCUGUUUUUGGCGACACUGUUGAGCAGACGUCAACGAACGAGCAAGUUGUCGGCAUUUCUCGGCGUGCUGAGCGACCGUAGCAACAGGUGAGCAGUCGGCAGGGUCCGGCCGGUACGGGAGAACCGUAUCAAUGGUGCUGGAGGGCUGGCGGCCGUAUAGCAGAAAGAAUGGUGAGAAUCCGGUAGUGGCUUGGGAGGCAGUGUUAUAUGCGUAUGUGACAAAGGGAAGUACAGCAUCCCAGUUGGAAUGGUCUGACGCCACAUGCAUUGAUAGCAUGUCACCAAGAGUUCUGUUGAGUCGUUCAGUUAAGCCAUUCAUCUGUGGGUGAUACGCGGUAGUUGUGCGGUGAAUAAUUUGGCAUUCCGAUAGGAGUGCCUGCAGCACGUCCAAGAGGAAUACGCGACCCCGAUCGCUCAGCAGUUCACGAGGUGCGCCAUGGCGGAGAACAAAGUUGUGUAGAAUGAACGAGGCGACGUCUUUUGCUGAUGCAGCAGCAGCACCUGGAAGGCGUCGUCUUCAAUGCCCUUUAAGAUGUGCCUGAUCUUCUCAGCAUCAGCUAUUGCGGCGUCAACGCGGUUACAGAGGUCGACAACAUCUUCUAUGUAACUGGUAAAUGUCUCCCCGCUCUGUUGUGCACGACCGCGCAAACGUUGCUCGGCGCGAAGCUUGCGAACGGCGGGGCGCCCGAAUACCUCCGUUACGCUAGCUUUGAAGGCCACCCACGUCAUGAGAUCACGUUCCUGGUUUCGGUGCCACACGCUGGCGACACCGCUCAAGUAAAACGAUACGUAAUUCCGCUUUUGGGUGUCAUCCCAGUGGUUGUGGGUGCUCACCUGGUCGUAUCCAGCGAGCCAGUCUUCAACGUCAUGAUUUUCUGUACCACUGAAGAUGAGUGGGUCGCGUUGACGUAACGGGCCAGGGCAGACCAAGGUAGGCACCGAGGCAGCGGGUUGUGGUGGUCCUUCUUCCGGCAUAAUGAAGACAGGCUGUAGUGUCCGGUUGCGAAGUUCCAGAUUUCCGGUCGUACCCCGCACCUCCACCAAUUGUAAAGGGGGUUUAUUUGGGUCAUAGAGUGGCAGCGAGAAACGCAGCACCAGCAGGUAGGGCGUAGCCAGAGAGCGAACUGGGUACAAGCCACACGAUGGCAACGGGGCUGUUCAGUGUGCCGAUCUUCCUCGCACUUCCUAGUCUAAAAGAAUGUCCAGCUGAGUAAUAUUUUUUAGCAUAAAAUGCUCCUUUGCUCCUCUCCAACCAGUUUUUGACUGGGAGUCCGCAAUCCAAUGAAGCUAGCAUGAAAUACACUGAAAGUCUUUUUUAAUACAACACAAGUUGCAAAACAAGAGUGAAAGAAAGCUUUUGCUUUUCUGGUUGGAGGUGGAAUGAAACCCUGGCCCUGUUGAGCAGCUGUAGGUAAUAGCCCGAAGUCCUAGUGACUGAGCUUAUUGGCCAGGUGCAUGCAACUAUGCUUUGCUUGUCAUGUGGGACAAAUGCAAACACUGGCUCGGAAGAAUAGUUGCUCAUGCAUGUCGUACAGGCAAGAGCAAAUAGAAGCAAAAAGGAGUGCAAGGGAGAACGUUGCCACAUCAACGAUAAACUGAAGUGGCCCUGAGCCAAAAUGGCACCCAUCAUAGCAUUCUCUCCAACAAGAUCCCCCACAUUUCCUGCAUUGUCACAGUGACCACAGAAGAGAUGUCGUACCGAGAUUGCUUGUGUUGAUGCACUGGCAUGGGGUGUGUGGCAGCAGUCUUGACUGUAUUCAGUGUACUCCCAGUGCUGAAAACCUCGUACGGGAUUAAGAGAACUGUUUAUUGGGUCAGCUUGUGCCCCAGAGGCAAAGCAACACUUGAGUGACAACAGCAGUGGCGAGCACAGCCAGUGAUUCGUCAAAUUGUAUUGUACUACGCAAGAAUUUGUCUGUUACACACAUCCUCAUAAUACAUUCCAUAGCACUUGGUGGUUGUUGCACAGAUUCGAAUUAGGAUAGUGAGUUGGUAUAAGCUCAUGGCGUGAACUCAGCAUAAAGCACCGAAGUGCUUUGCAUUUGUGCUUGUACGUCUUUCUGAUAACCACACACGUCUUCCUGCACUUCGGUACUUCGGGCUGCAUUCACGGCUUACGCAUGCACUACACUAUUUGCAUUGCACGUACGAUCAGAUUAGACAGGCCUGUCCAACUGUUGAAUUAACACCAACUUUCACAGUUUUCUUUCACAGUAUGUCUUGUGUGAAAGCGAUAAUGUAAUCCUUAUAAUUCUGUUAGAGAAAUUACCAGCAAAAAAUAAAACAAUGCAAGCCUGUUUCACUCAUGCCUUGUGCGCCGCAUACAUGCAAACAAUAUAUGAUCUGAUCAAGAAAGGAAUGCUGGGCAAGUUGGAAUAUGGUUCUUGAAGCAGUGUUCACUCGGGGGAUUUCUCCCGGGGAUAAUGGUGGGGCCGUCCAUCCUGUUUCUGGCGAGCCUCCUCUCCCUCCCCCACGAGCACCAAAGUCAUGCACCGUCGCCGAGCAGAUGCUUGCGCGAAGGCAUCUCCCUCCCCUGGGUAGGGGAGCAUUUGUAGCUCUGAGGGGCCGUGCCACCUGACCAAGGCGGGAUUUAGUGGUCACACGGUGCACUCCUUGCAGCGUGGAGGCGGCUUUCUCCCUCACGUGAAUACCUCAUAAUGUACAGUGCAGAAAAGACACACAAGCCUAUGCUGCUGCACUCUGUCCUGUCUCUCUGUGUUUUCCUGCAUGUAUAUGUGCUGUAACAGUACGAAAAAUGCAUCACCAACCAGCCCGCCAGUAAACAUUACUGCAGCUAUGUGUAAUAUUCAAAACAUUGUAGUGUAUUGUGAGUUGUCACCGGGGCUGCUUGCACCAGUAGCGCACCCAGGAUCUCUGCCAGGGGGGGGUUGACAGUUUGCCAAUACCAUCUAAACAGCACUAAUUUCAAUUUCUUCACGGGAAAUUGUCAAAAAAUGUGCUUUUUUCGAAUGUGCAGACGAUUGCGCAUCUUACAUCUUAGUUGCAGUACUCAAAUGCGCAAGGAAAGAAAAGGGGUUAAACAAAAGGGGGGGUUAAGUCGGCCUCGGGGGGGGGGGGGGGGUUACAACCCCCCCCCCCCCGUUGGUGUGCCACUGGCUCACCCAGUGGAGUGUGAAUCUGCUUUUUGAACUGUGGGUGUCCAGUUUAGAUUUUUUUUCUCCAUAUUAGUGUAUUAUGAUGUCUCUUGCAGAAGCUGCUAAAUGGCUGUAAUUUGCUGCUUACCAUUUUGCACUUAAUGCAACCUUGACCUGAUCAAAAAAGCACCAGCAGCUGUGCCUCAACGGAGAAAAAAAAGAAAAUGGCAUUUGCCAAAUGCUCACGUGCUCAAGCUGGCUUGACAGCCAGUCUAGUAAUGGGGCUCUUGUUUGAUGUUCAUCAAUUUUUUUCCUGCCAGAUAGCUGAAUAAACUCAGUGCAGUCAUUACUGCACAGUGUUCCAAAGUAUGUUUGUUCCGGGGCAGGUGGUUUUGUUGUAAGACCUGGAGUGCAGGCUGCAUAAAUUAAUUUUAGAGACAGUGAAAACAAGAGAUAUAAUAUUUGUGCCUGCCUCGCACUGUCUUUUUUAUGGAUGGUUUGUGCCCUUUCUUGAAGACCAACCUGCAAACUUUGCCAACCAUGUAUUAGAUCACUUUGUUCUAGCAAAUCAUCUCUGGGCUGGGAUAAUGUAAUAAGCCCAUUCUAAUUGUUUUUCACUUCACGCUGUGUCAUUAGUCCUCCUGCGUUAUGACCAGGAUUGGUCACUCAUGAGCAGUGUAUAAAAAAGGAAUAGAAGUGAGCAAAAAGAACCAUUACAUUGUGGAAACAAUGGCCUUUAGACUGUGCUCUAGCUGUAGCUGUGCAAUUUUCUUUUUAAUAAAAAGUCUGAGCAUGA